UAGGAGAAGCCGGGGAGCCGCGCGGUCCCGGAACUUUCCCCGGGUUCGGCGGGCCAUGGAGGAGGGGGCUAGCCCGGCGCCCCCGCUCUGGAACUGGGACUACCUGGAGCGCUGCUUCGCCCGCCGCCGUGUCUGCAUCUCCUUCGGCCUGUGGAUCUGCGCCGCCUGCUGCUGGAUCGCCGCCCACGCGCUGAUUCUCUACCUGAGAUGCACAAAGAAAUGUGGCCAAGACCAGUCGACACUGUACGCCGCGCUCUGCCUCCUGACGAGCCUGUGUGACACUUUGGGGGCGAUCCUGGCCAGACAGCUCACAAUCCAGGUGUUCACUGGGGCCUACCUAGCAGUUGUCGACCUCAUGAACUUUAUGUCCAUUCUCUUCCCUGUCUGUGGAUUCAAAUCCAAGUCGAAGUCUGGUCGGAGCAGCAGGGAGAGGAGAAGAAGGCAUCUUAGAGCCAGUGUCUUUGCCCUGGCUCUGCCGCUGAGCCUGGGUCCAGGCUGGGCAAUCUGGGCUGCUCUCCCAAAGGCUUCAGCUCCAGUCCGAGGGCCACAGAGGAGGCUGCUGGGAAGCCUUCUGCAGGAAAACCCGGAAGUCUUUGGCUACCUCUUGGGUGGCAUUGCUGCCCUUGGCUCCUGGGCAUCUCGGAUCCCUCCAUUCUCCAAUAUCUGUCGAGGGAAGUCACUCUCCUACAUCCACCUGUGGACUCGGUUCCUGUCAGCUCUGGCUGGCCUCCUCUACGCCUCGGCCAUUGUGGCCCACGACCGGCAGCCCGACUACCUCCUCCAGGCCACACCCUGGUUCCUGAUUUCAUUGGGCCGAGCUGCACUGGACCUCGCUAUCAUCUUUCUGUCCUGUGUGAUAAAGAGCAGGGUGAGGCGAGCCUUCAGAUUUGCUGCGGAAGCCAGAGAGAGCGCCGACACACAAGCCCUUUUGACCUGUGCAGAGAAGGAAGAAGAAAGCCAGGAGGCCAGGACCGAGGACAAGAACUCAGAUUGGGUGCCUCUCACCAGCCUGACACACUGCAAGCCUCUGAGGACAAUGACGGCAAUCAGUCGAUACAUGGAGCUGACCAUUGAGCCUGCACAGCCGGCAGGCUGCAGUGCCACCAGGCUACCCGGGGACGGACAGACAAGCAGUGGCGAUGCCCCCUUGCAGGAGCCUCCCUCCUACCCUCCCAUCCAGGUCAUCCAGGCCAGAGUGUCCUCAAGCAGCUCUUCCGAGGUCUCCUCCAUCAACUCCGACCUGGAGCAGAAGUAUUGGGAAGCCCUAAACUCGGAGCAGUGGGACCCUGAAGAUGUCAACCUUGAAAGGAACAAGGACAACACGGAGCCCUUUAGAUCCCAGGUGCACAGGGCCUCCCUGAGCCCAGUGGACCUGACCUCUGAUGACUAGCAUCCUCAAGAGCCAGUCCAUCAGUUCAGAACUGAAGGUCAGGCAUCUGCCAGUGACUAGAUGGGGACUCACCUACAGUGCCACCCGUGGUAGGAGUGGAAGCCGCUGCAGGAGCCUCCCGGGGAGUGAGGAACCCCGAGAUGUUACCUAGCUUGGCUAGUCUACACCAUGGCUCAGAAUAGAGCUAAGGCUGUGGCACGUGUGGACAGAUCUGUACAUGCCCAGUUUAAUCUAAUGAUUAGACUCUCACAGAUGGA